CCCCAUUGAACAAGGAUCAGACAAAAGCAAUGAAACUGCGAGGGGGGCUAGAGUGGCGGCACUGCGCCCGGCAAGCGAAUCGGGUUGCGAUUGGAGGUAGCGAUGGGGAUUAGAGGAGCCCGGGACGAAACGGAGAGAGCCGAGGAGGUGGAGAACACGCGGUGGUUUUGGCGGCGAGCGGUGGGUGGGGAAGAGGAGAGGAUAUGCGCCCGGAAAAAAAAAAGUAGUCUUUGUGAGGCAACACCAAGAGGAAACACACGUGCUCGUGCUCCCGGUCCCGGCCGGGGGAGAGAGCCGGUCAUCACCUACUCCGCCGCCGUCUCAGCUACAAGUACACCCCAUAUCGGCCGCCACUUCCGACGCCGAGCACCAAACCAAAGGCGAGCGGAUCGUCGCGCACCGGACGCCGCGCCGGCGGUAGGCAUUUCGUCGAACACCUGGACGGCACGCCGCAGCCAUGCUCCUCACCAUGCCCCAUGCUUCGUCCCUCCUCCUCCCCUCCGCGGCUCUCCCGAAUCCUAGCCCAAACCCUAGCCGCGUCACGCCCCUGGCUUCCGGCCGUGGCCGCCUCCGCCGCGUGUGUGCCUCAUCCGUGGCGCCUGCGCAGCCCGCGUCGGCGUCACAGCCCUCGGCCCCGGCGCUGAGCCGCGUGGACGUGCUCUCGGAGGCGCUCCCGUUCAUCCAGCGGUUCAGGGGCAAGACGGUGGUGGUGAAGUACGGCGGCGCGGCGAUGAAGUCGCCGGAGCUGCAGUCGUCGGUGAUCCGCGACCUGGUCCUCCUCUCCUGCGUCGGCCUCCGCCCCGUGCUCGUGCACGGCGGCGGCCCGGAGAUUAACUCGUGGUUGGGGCGCGUCGGCGUCGAGCCGCAGUUCCGGAACGGCCUCCGCGUCACCGACGCGCUCACCAUGGAGGUCGUGGAGAUGGUUCUCGUCGGCAAGGUCAACAAGCAGCUCGUUUCCCUCAUCAGUGUCGCCGGGGCCACCGCCGUCGGUCUCUGCGGCAAGGACGCGCGCCUCCUCACCGCUCGCCCAUCCCCCGACGCCGCCGCACUCGGCUUCGUCGGUGAGGUAACGCGCGUCGACCCGUCCGUCCUCCAUCCCAUCAUCGAGUCGGGCCACAUCCCGGUCAUCGCAACCGUGGCAGCCGACGAGACAGGGCAGGCCUACAACAUCAACGCCGACACCGCGGCCGGCGAGAUCGCCGCCGCGCUAGGCGCCGAGAAGCUGCUGCUGCUCACCGACGUGUCCGGCAUACUCGCCAACCGCAAUGACCCUGGGAGCCUGGUGAAGGAGAUCGACAUCGCCGGGGUGCGGCAGAUGGUGGCCGACGGGAAGGUGGGCGGCGGGAUGAUACCCAAGGUGGAGUGCUGCGUCCGCGCGUUGGCGCAGGGCGUGCACACCGCGAGCAUCAUCGAUGGCCGCGUCCCGCACUCCCUGCUUCUGGAGAUCCUCACCGACGAGGGCACGGGCACCAUGAUCACCGGCUGAAUUUCUUGGCAGGCAAUAAGCAUG